AUGUUUAAUAUAAAUGUAAACAAAAAAUUGAUACCAAUAAAAAUGAAUUGUUUCCUUCUCUAUGGAUGUUUAGGUCCUAUAGUUGGUUUUUUACCUACCAUAGCAAAACAAUUGGGGUACUCAAUAACCACUUACGGUGUUGCCAUGACUUUUAUAUCGAUGAUAAAAAUGGUAAUGUCACCUCUAGCUGGUAUAAUCGUCGACACAUUCCGGGUGAAAAGAAUGUUAUUUUUUACGAUGACACUAUUGCUGGUUGUGAUUUCAAUUGUCUUCAUGUUUAUACCAAAAGUGCCUUUGGAGAUAGGCGUGGAGAUGAAAUGCCAAUCUGAAAUUAUAUUGAUUGUUCAUACCGAUACCGUUCAACAAAGUACACACAACACUUCGAUGUUUAACGACGAGAAAAAUGAUGAACUGAUCACAUGCAAGCUGACUUGUCCAAAUACGAAGUCGUGUGACCAUAAUAUAAAUAAAUCGAAGAACCAAUCAGAUAUCAGUGAUUAUUGGAUGACAACCAACAAUAAUGAUAUCAAAAAAAUAAACGAUCGUAGUCAAAUCGAUGUUACAUUAAAAUUGAAAGAUAUGGAACAAACUGAAAGUUCAUAUGUUUUCCACUUGCUGUCCGUCCAAAUGAAUGGUACGGACAUUCCUCUAACAUGCGAUUGUCGUUUAAAAACAUUUUGCCACAUCUCAUGUUCUAAUGAAGACAUCAUGCGAAUAUCUACUGUGCCGACACACAGAGGAAACGUUCUUAAUUUGUAUCAAUUUUGGAUUUUUUUCAUAACUGUGACUGUGUUUUGGUCAUGCAAAGCUAUAUCGGCAACUUUACAAGGCUCACUAUGUCUGGAUCUUUUAGAAGACAAACCUGAGGAUAUUGGAAAACAAAUGUGUUGGACAUCAUUCGGUUGGGGCAGUUUUUCCAUAUUCAUCGGAUGGCUUGUAGAUUGUUUUAGCAUUAAUAAAAAGGAAAAAGAAUAUUCACCAGUUUUUUAUUCGGGUCUUUUUCUCUCAAUUUGUAAUUUAUUUGUCAUAAGCAAACUUAAAGUAAUCGAAACGAAAAAAACCGAAGGAAAAUGGAAUAGUAUAUAUGGACUGUUAACUAAACAUUAUGUGAUUUUAUUUUAUAUAUGGGUAAUAUUAAUCGCAUUUCUCCAUACAAUUAUUACACAUUUUCUAUUCUGGUACAUGGAGGAUUUAGUUUCUGCUAACAAUGACCACAGCCAACGGGCGUGGCUAAAAACGCUUCAAGGUAUAGCUCAAUUCAUCCAAUGUUUUGGCGGUGAAAUACCAUUUUAUUUCUGUUCUGGAUGGGUAAUCAGAAAGAUGGGUCACAUUAACUGCAUGGUCAUAGUGAUGGGAGCCAUGGCUAUCCGAUUGUAUCUUUACACAGUCAUCUGGAAUCCAGCUUGGAUCAUUGCAAUAGAGCUGUUGAAUGGCGUGUCGUAUGCAUUGGGAACAUCGGUGAAAUUGUCGUACUCGAAAAUUAUGUCACCCGAGGACUCAACGAACAUUCUAAUGGGAAUUUUAAUACUUCUCGAUGGCAUAGGUCAAUCUUUAGGUAGUCUACUGGGCGGAUUUUUAUUCGGAUUAUACGGUGGAGUGUGGUCAUUUCGAUUUUUCGCUUACAGUUCUGCUUUGAUGUGCUUUUUAAACAUACUAAGCAAUCAUUUCGGGUUGACUAAAGAUUUGACAAAUAAUAAUUUUAACGCAGUGCCUAUGACAGAAAAUAACCAGAAAAAUGAUGAAGUUGAUAUCAACAUUUAA